UUUAUUCUGUAGACAUAAUUAACAUCUAACCUCAUUUUUAGAAGUCAAAUUUUUGUGUGCCUUUCCUGUUUGAGUUUUAUCUGUUUUGUUUAUAAAAAAUGGCUCCAAAAAAACACCAUAAACGGGAAAGAUCAUCAUCAUCGGACAGCGAAGCUUCAGCAUCAUCGAACGAGUCAACUCACCGUAAAAAGAAAGACAGAAAAAGGGACAGUUCAGAGGAAAGUGUAGACAAAUCAAAAACAUCGAAAACUCAAAGAAAUCAGAAACGAUCUUCAGAAGAUUACACCCACUCCAGGUCUGAUCAAAGGUCUCGUAACAGAUCUGUAUCUAGGUCACAAUCACGUGAUAGAAGAUACCAACAUAGGGAACGAUCUAAGUCAAGGGAAUAUAGUAGACGAGAUGCUGACAGGGACAGAAGAAGUGGACAUAACAGUUCAAGAGAUAAUGAAAGGGAUGAUGGAAGGAGGCAGUUUAGAGAUAAUAGAGAUAGAGAUGACAAUAGAAGAGGUGGUUUUCAUAACAGAGAUAGGAGAGAUCAGUUUAAUCGAGAUAGGAGAGGCAACAAGAGAUUUAGAAGUCGAAGUAGGUCCUACGACCAUGCAAAUGCGAAAUGGGGUAAAAAUGAGAAGGGCGAUUCGAAAAAUGAUAGGAAACAAGGUGGAGAAAAGGAGAAACCUAAUUUUUCCUUGUCCGGAAAAUUAACCGAAGAGACAAACACAUAUAGAGGAGUCGUCAUUAAAUAUAGUGAACCACCGGAAGCAAGAAAACCCAGAAGAAGAUGGAGACUGUACCCGUUCAAGGGAGAAAAGGCCUUACAAACACUGUACAUUCACAGAGAAAGCGGAUAUUUAAUUGGUAGAGAUAGGAAGGUUGUUGAUUUACCUGUUGAUCAUCCUUCAUGUUCAAAACAGCAUGCAGCCUUACAGUAUAGAUUGGUACCAUUUACUAGGGAAGAUGGAUCAUCUGGUAAACGAGUUAGACCAUACUUGAUUGAUUUGGAAUCUGCGAACGGGACAUUUAUCAAUAACAAGAAAAUAGAACCUAAGAAAUACGUCGAACUGCUGGAAAGAGAUGUCAUCAAAUUCGGUUUCAGCUCUAGAGAAUAUGUUUUGCUCCAUGAAAAUAGUAAAGAUGAAGCUAUGGAUGAUGAUGUUAAAGCUGAAGAAGAUAUCAAAGUGGAAGCUGAAGUAAAGGAAGAACCAUAGUACAAUAUUAUUUAUUUAUAAAUGGAAAUAAGCGAGAAUUUUUAAUUUUUUUGAGGUAAAAACAUAUUUUUUUAUGAAAUAUCCAGUGAUUAUUCAAAUUAUCUUUAAUUUAGUUAUAUUUAGGUAUAAGAGUUUAGAUUUUGUUGUAUAUCAAGCUGGAAUCAUAGUCUGAUGUGUUUAAAAAUUCUGACGAGUAUCUAAAAUACUUCAUAAAUAUCAAGUUAGGAAAACUAA